AUGCGUCCUCAAGCGGCUCAAGCAGUGAUUUCCUCUGACGACGAAUUCGAACUGGACGUCAUUGGUAACAUCGAUUCCGACGCAAGUAGCAGUGAAUCGGAGGAGGAUUCCGACCAAGACGAGGAAGAUGAACCGGUUGUGAAAAAAUUACGUAAACUCACUAAGGCUCAACGACAUGAACUACAAAAAAUAAAGGAAGACGCAGAAAAAAUCUUUGACGAAGAAAAAAUUCCCAUUGCAGCAGAUCCACAAAACCCUGAUCACUUUGAGCGAUUAUUGUUGUCUAAUCCCAACAGCUCGUUUAUUUGGACUAAAUACAUGGCUCUCCAUGCAAAUGCUAGAGAUUUUGAAAAAGCAAGGGAAGUAGGAAAAAGAGCAGCGUCUGCAAUCAAUACUAGAGAAGAGCAAGAAAAACUAAUUGUUUGGACUACACUUUUCGAGUUUGAAGAAGUAUAUGGCACCAAGGAAUCAUUUAAACAAACAAUGAAUGAAGCAUUACUUUCAAAUAGUGAAUAUAAGAUUGCUUGUUUAAUAUUGGAGAUGUGCGUAAAUUUGAAAAGAAUAAAAGGACUAGAACAUUCCAUUAAAAAAAGAAAGAAAGAGUUUAGUGAUUCUAUUGAUGCAUAUCUACAAUGCGUUUUGGUGUACUUCACACUAAGAAAAACUGCCAAAGCAAGAUUACUUUUACAAAAAGCAUUAUCAAAUCUUCCAACCAAAUCACAUGUCACUAUGAUAAGUGAAUUUGCUUGGAUGGAAAAUAAUCAUGGAUCGCCAGAGGAGGCUCAAACACUUUUUGAAGAUAUCCUAACUUGCUAUCCUUCACGUAUUGAUAUAUGGAAAUUAUAUGUAGAUAUGUUGAUAAAAUCUAACAAAAUGGAUUUGGCAAGACAUGCAUUUGAAAGAGCAGCAAUACAACAACAAGUAGCACCAGAAAAGAUGACAAGAUUGUUUGCUAAGUGGAUGAUGUUUGAAGAAAAGUAUGGAACUCCUGAAUCUAUCAGGAAGGUUCAAGAAAGCUUGUUUAAUUAUAUUCAAACAUAA